UUAGACCGCCGCCACCAUUUGCGGGGAGCUGCACACAAUGUCAACCGCGCGCGCUGGAUUCCAUCCUGACUGUCUCGUGCUCUGUCCCAGACCCAGAGGAAUGCGAAUGAGCCUCAAAUGCAUCGUCAUCUCCCGGCUUGUGUCUUUCACUGGAGAGCAGCUGGAGGCUGAAGCCCAGAAGGAUCAAAGGGUCGGGUCCCCUCCCCACCCGGGUCCCCACCCACCCCCAUCCCUGCUUCCACGCGGAACGACACGAAGCCCCAGCUGACGUUUGCAAGCCUCUCCUGGGGGUGGGGGCGAGGCUUGUUCCCUUUGUCACUCGCGGGAAUCUACGUCUGGUUACUUUUGAGGAAGUUGCAAGGGGGAGCGGGUUCUGCUGGACCUGGACCAAAGAGCCCUGUACAGGGAAGCCAUGUAGGAGAUUGUUGGGAAUGUGGCCUCUCUAGGAGAUGGCAGGAGGGAGAAUGAAAACCAGCCAUGUCAAAUGUUGUUCAAAAGCACCAGGUACAAGGAGGAGCGAGAGCAGGAGAAGAAAAAGAAAGUGAAACAGAAUCGCCGAAAUGAAUCCUUUGCUUCUGAUGAUUGGGUCUUCGGUGACAUCCCAAACCAAGAAAAAAUUGAGGAAGCAAAUAGAAUUAAUUGUGCCUUGUGUGGGGAAAUUUUCACUCGUAGGUCAAGCUUUGAAGUUCAUUGGAAAAUCCACACAGGGGAGAAACCAUACAGGUGCCUGGAGUGUGGAAAAGGCUUCAGUCAUGGCAGAAGUCUCACUUUACACCAAAGAACCCACACUGGAAAGGAACCAUACAAAUGUCUCGAGUGUGGAAAGAGCUUCAAUCGAGGCUCAAGUCUCACUUCUCAUCAAAAAAUCCACACAGGGGAGAAACCAUACAAAUGCCUGGAGUGUGGAAAAAGCUUCAGGUAUAGCACAAACCUCACUUCCCAUCAAAGAAUCCACACAGGGGAGAGACCAUACAAAUGCCUGGAGUGUGGAAAAAGCUUCAGUCAACACUCAGGCCUCACUUCACAUCAAAGUAUUCACAGAGGGGAAAAACCACAUAAAUGCUUGGAAUGUGGUAAGACUUUCAGACUACCAGACAUGCUCACAUCACAUCAAAGUAUCCACAGAGGAGAAAAACCAUAUAAAUGCUUGGAAUGUGGAAAGAGUUUCAGGCUACAUGACAUGCUCACAUCACAUCAAAGAAUCCACACUGGGGAGAAGCCAUGUCAGUGCUUGGAGUGUGAAAAGAGCUUCUGUGAGGGAUCAGCCCUCAUUACGCAUCGGAGAAUCCAUACUGGGGAGAGGCCAUAUCAGUGCUUGGAGUGUGAAAAGAGCUUCAGCAGUAAAUCAGCAGUUAAUAAACAUCAAAGAAUCCAUACUGGGGAGAAACCACAUCAGUGCUUGGUGUGUAGAAAAGGCUUUAGUCGAAGUGAUAGCCUAACAGUGCAUCAAAGAAUCCAUACAGGGGAGAAACCAUACAAAUGCCUGGAGUGUGGAAAGAGCUUCAAUCGAAACGGAAAUCUUACUUUGCAUCAAAGAAUGCACACAGGGGAGAAACCAUAUAAAUGCUUGGAAUGUGGAAAGAACUUCAGUAAGCACUCACACCUCACUUCACAUCAAAGGAUUCACACAGGAGAGAAACCAUAUGGAUGUUUCGAGUGUGGAAAGAGCUUCAGUCAAAGUGCAUAUCUCACUUUGCAUCAAAGAAUCCACACAGGGGAAAAACCAUUUAAGUGCUUGGAGUGUGGAAAGAGCUUCAGUCAAAGUUCAAACCUCACUUUGCAUCAAAGAAUGCACACAGGGGAGAAACCACAUAUAUGCUCAGAGUGUGGAAAGAGUUUCCCUGGGAGGACACACCUCAGUUCACACCAAAGGAUUCACACAGGGGAGAAACCAUAUAAAUGUUUGGAGUGUGGAAAGAACUUUAGUCAAAAAACAUACCCCACUUCACACCAAAGGAUUCACACAGGAAAGAAACCAUUUAAGUGCUUGGAGUGUGGAAAGAGCUUUAGUCAAAGCUCGUACCUCACUUUGCAUCAAAGAAUCCACACAGGGGAGAAACCAUAUAUAUGCUCAGUGUGUGGAAAGAAUUUCCCUGGGAGGGCACACCUCAAUUCACAUAAAAAGAUUCACACAGGAGAGAAACCAUAUACAUGCUUGGAGUGUGGAAAGAGUUUCACUGGAAGGACACACCUCAAUUCACAUCAAAGGAUUCACACAGGGGAGAAACCCUAUAAAUGCUUGGAGUGUGGAAGAAGCUUUAGUCAUGGCUCAAACCUCACUAUCCAUCAAAGGAUCCACACUGGGGAAAAACCCUACACAUGCAAGGAGUGUGGAAAGAGCUUCAGCCAACAUUCAAGCCUAACUGUGCAUCAAAGAUCCCAUACAGGGGAGAAACCAUAUACAUGCUCAGAGUGUGGAAAGUGUUUCCCUGGGAGUGCACAUCUCACUUCACAUAAAAGGAUUCACACAGGGGAGAAACCAUAUAAAUGCUUGGAGUGUGGAAAGGGUUUCACCUGGAGUACACACCUCACUUCACAUAGAAGGAUUCACACAGGAGAGAAACCAUAUAAAUGCUUGGAGUGUGGAAAAGGCUUUAGUCAAAGUGGUAGCCUAACAGAGCAUCAGAGAAUCCAUACAGGAGAAAAACCAUAUAAGUGCUUGGAGUGUGGAAAGAGCUAUGGUAGGACUAGACACCUUACUGAACAUCUAAGAAUCCACACAGGGGAGAAACCAUAUAAAUGCUUGGAAUGUGGAAAAAGUUUUAGUAGCAGUAGACAGCUUACUGCACACCAAAGAACUCACACAGAUGAAAAACCAUAUAAAUGCCAGGAGUGUGGAAAGAGCUUCCGUCGAAAUGACACUCUUACCAUACAUCGCAGAAUUCACACAGGAGAGAAACCAUAUGAUUGUUUGCACUGUGGGAAGCGCUUCUGUUCAAGCACACAUCUUGCAAAACAUAAAAGAACUCAUACAGGGGUGAAACCAUAUGAGUGCUUGGAGUGUGGAAAGAACUUCAGGCUAAGGGGAAGUCUUACUACACAUCAAAAAACCCACACUGGGUUGAAACCAUAUAAAUGCUUGGAAUGUGGAAAGAGCUUUGCACAGCGUAGUAAACUUAAUAUGCAUAGAAGAAAGCACACUGGGGAGAAACCAUAUAAUUGUGUGGAAUGUGGAAAAAGCUUCCCUCGACCUGACUACUUUACUAAACAUCAAAGGAACCACAGAGCAGAUAAACAAUAUAAAUGCUUGGAGUGUGGAAAGAGUUUCAGCCGUAAUGAAUAUUUUACUGUACAUCAACGAAGCCACACUGGAGAGAAACCAUUUAAAUGCUCACACUGUGGAAUGAGCUUCAGUGCGCGUGGAUACUUAGCAAAACAUAAAAGAACGCACACAGAGGAGAAACGGUAUCAUUGCUUUGAGUGUGGCAAGAGCUUCAGUCGAUCUGAUUCAGUUAUUGUACAUCAGAGGAGUCAUACAGGGGAGAAACCCUAUAAAUGCCAGGAGUGUGGCAAGAGCUUCUACAGCAAUGGAAGACUUCGAAGCCAUGAGAAAAUCCACACUAAAGAGAAACCAUACAAAUGUCUAGAAUGUGGAAAAUUUUUUAGUCAGAACACUGCCCUCACUUCACAUCAAAGAAUACACACUGGGGAGAAACCAUAUAAUUACUUAGAGUGCGGAAAGAGCUUCCGUGAAUCUAGCUAUUUUACUGUACAUCAAAGGAUUCACACAGGGGAGAAACCAUAUACAUGCUUGGAGUGUGGAAAGAGCUUCAGGGGACGAGGAUAUCUGGCUAGACAUCAAAAGAGUCACACUGGGGAGAAGCCACAUAAAUGCAUGGAUUGUGGGAAGGCCUUCAGCCGCAGGGUCUCCCUCGCAUCACAUCAAAGAACCCACUCUGGUGAUUCACGCUGCACAUGAACUCCAGGGAAAGAGCCACAUUAAUCUGUGGAAAAACCAGCAAAGAAUCCUGUGGUACCUUAAAAACCUACAUUUUUAUUUUGAUUUGUGUUGUUGCGGGAAGAUGUGAAUUGGUAAUAAAAAGGAGUCUUGUUCAUGAAAA